AUGUGGGAGCACUUUCAGUUUGAGGGCACUGAAAAUAUUCAUACUGGAGAGAAAUACCAUGAAUGUAGCGAAUGUGUGAAGUCCUUUAGUAUGAAGGUACAAGUUACAAUGCAUCAAGGGAUUUGUACUGGAGAGAAACCUUAUGAAUGUAGUGAAUAUGGGAAGACCUUCAGGAAGAAGAUACCUCUUACUGUGUAUCAGAGAGUUCAUACCGGAGGGAAACUUUUUGAAUCUAAGGAAUGCAGGAAGUCUUUCAAGUGCAACUCAGGGCUUAUUCAACAUGAGAGAAGUCAUACUAUAAAGAAAUCUUUUGAAUGUACUGUUUGUGGGAAGGCCUUCGCAAACAAUUCAGUUCUUACUGGGCAUCAGCAAAUUCAUAAUGGAGAAAUCACAUUUGAAUGUAAUGUAUACGGAAAGAUCUUCUGCCUGGGUUCGGAAGUUACUCAACAUCAAAGAACAAAUAAAAAAAAACUUUAUGAAUGUAAUCUAUAUAGGCAGGAUUUCCUCCUGAGGACAGUACUUGCUAGACAUCAGAGAAUUCAUAUUGGAGAAAAACAUGAUGAAUGUAAUGAAUGUGGGAAGAUUUUCAAACUGGGAGCCCAGGCCACAGCAAAGUCUUUCACAGUCCCUCAGGUCCCCGCUGGUGGCUGGCUCCCUCUUGACCUCUCCUGCUGUCCCGGGUCCACUCGUGUCCUGCUAUUCAGGCCUGGAAGUCCCCGAGGGCUAAGCAGUAGCUCCUGUCCUACAGUUCCAACUCGUGGUUUCCUUCCUUGGAGCCGCCGCUUCCGGUCCUGA